AUGUCGGUGUCCUUCAUGACCCUGGCGGUGACAGAUUUAAUUGGUAUUUACUUCAACCUCGUCCCCCGGUGUGUCAAUCUGGGCUUCAACUUUGACAUCAAAGGAGUUCAUGACCUUAUAUGUAAACUGUUUUUGUGGAUAAGUUAUAGUUCUAGCACCAUGUCCACAUGGCUACUGGUCGUCAUGGUGACACAACGAACUCUCUUUGUUGUAUGGCAUCAUAAGACCAACAGUUUAUUCUUGAAGAUUCCAAACAUCCUCGUUGUUGUAAUCCUGAUAACAUUUUCUUUCUCAACGAAUGGACUGUUCUUGGUUUUCCCAAGUGUAGUGACCCUGAAGGUCAGCAACAAUUCGGUGAUAACUUCGUGCAAUUUUAAUUAUCAGGACGAGUUCUCGAUCGCUGUUUACAAGAUCUGGUUUGGACUUGAUAUCAUCACGUCCUCAUUUCUACCUUUCAUCAUUCUUCUCAUCGAUAACGUCCUUUUGAUCAGACACGUCAGACGAUCGACGAGAGAGGCUCGGCUUCGCCUGGCUGUCGGCAGCCAACAGCAGAUCAAGGUUCGUGAGCAGAAAGUCAUGUCCAUGACCGUGACCUUAAUCACGACCUCACUGACCUUCUUCUUCAUGACCUUUCCUUACUAUGUCGUGGAGAGUCUGUCUAUGCUCAUGACCGACAUUUUAUUCUCGGAUGUCGACGCGUUUCAGAUAUAUGGUUUCGCGUGGAACAUCUGCACCUUCUUGUGGUGCUCACACCACUCCGUGAACUUUUACCUCUACUGUCUAACGGGAUCGCGGUUUCGAGUGAGAGCUCGCCACGUUUUGUUCCGGUGCAAAAGUCGCUCUGCCAUUAAACAUUCGAUUCCAGCUACAGGGACAUCCUGUAGAGAGCAGCCAGCUAAACGUAGUGAUGUAGAGUUUGGUGAGGAAUUUCAAGCCUGUACAUCCGGAAUCUCCCCCAAAUCACAAACGGUCACUGGAGCGUUUAAUCUCUGA